AUGCGGGAAACAACCAUUUGUUUUCAAAGCCUUUGGAUGCUUUGGGAGAGGUUCGGGAAGGUGAAGGUUCAUGGGUUUGUGGUAAAAACUGGAAUUGGGUUUGAUGCAUAUGUGUGUAACUCGCUCAUUGACAUGGUUGAGAGUUUCAAGCAGGUGUUUGAUGAAAUGCCUGAGAGAAACAGGCUUUGUUGGAACGUUACAAUCUCGAGGUAUCUUAGGUGCAGGAGGUUUGAGGAGGCUUUGGAUGUGUUUCGGGGGAUGCGAUAUGAGAGCAACGAGAAGCCUGAUGAAGCUACGGUUGUAAGCACCAUUUCAGCUUGCACAGCGUUGAAAAAUUUGGAGCUUGGUUUGGUGAGGCAAGAGAAGUGUUUGAUGGCAUUAGGUCUUUGGACUUCAAACAUUUGUGGGCUUGCAAUGAAUGGCAAGACAAGCAAAGCAAUCGAGUUCUUCUCGAAAAUGGUACAGAUUGGCAUGAAGCCUGAUGAUUUCACCUUCAUUGUUGUCUUAAGUGCUUGCGUUCACAGAGGGUUGGUAGAUGAGGGUCGUGAGUUAUUCAACUCCAUGAGAAAGAUAUAUGAGAGAUUGCGCCAAAGUUAG